GGUCAGAACCGUUUGCACAACCGCGCUAAACCGACGUGCCACCAUGUGGCGAAUAACUAUACCUUUACUUUUCACCCUAACUAUAGUUAAAUCUGAAUAUAAGUAUACGACUAAUUGGUUUACUGUACCGUUGGACCAUUUCGGGUAUCAGAGGACUGAGGUGUUUAAGAUCAAGUAUUUGGUGAACGAGGAACAUUGGGACAGGGAUGGCGGGCCGAUCUUCUUUUAUACGGGGAAUGAGGGUCAAAUCGAGGUGUUUGCGAAGCACACAGGAUUCAUGUGGGAUAUCGCGGAAGAGUUCAAGGCUAAACUUGUGUUUGCUGAACAUAGAUACUACGGGGACUCGAAGCCAUUUGGCGACAAAUCUCUGGACAACGAGCACAUAGGCUACCUGACGUCUGCCCAAGCAUUGGCUGACUAUGCUGACCUUCUCGACUAUCUCCAGGAUCAUCAGGUGGUGCCCAAAUACCCAGUCAUCGCUUUUGGAGGAUCAUACGGCGGUAUGCUGUCAGCCUACAUCCGUAUGAAGUACCCGCACAUGGUUACCGGCUCCAUUGCUGCGUCAGCACCCAUCCAUAUGUUCCCUGGCAUGGUGCCUUGUGAGGCCUUCCCUCGAAUUGUGACGUCAUCGUUCAACCUCGCUGGGGAAACUUGUGUUCAGAAUAUCAAGGCUUCUUGGGCCACGUUGAGAAACUUUUCCACAACAGCCAACAGCUCCGAAUGGCUCCAGAAGAACUGGAAGCUCUGCGACCCAGUCCGCAACGCGACCGAGGUUCAACAACUCAUAGAUUUCAUCGGCAACAUGUACGGGACUUUGGCUAUGGUCAACUAUCCCUUUGCGAGUGAUUUCCUAAUGCCACUGCCGGCUAAUCCUGUCAGGGUUGUGUGCCAGUAUCUAAAUGAGACUUUGAAGGGACAGGCCCUGUUAGAGGGUAUCGGCAAGAUGCUGCAAGUGUAUGCCAACUACAACGGUUCGAGUAAAUGUGUUGACUACAAAAAAGGAGAAGACUUGGGCAAUUUGGACGCUUCUGGGUGGAACUAUCAGGCCUGCACAGAAAUGGUGAUGCCAAUGUGCACCACCGGCGUUCACGACAUGUUUGAACCCGUCCCGUGGAACUUCACGUCUUAUUCCAAGGAAUGCUAUGACAAGUUCAAGGUGUAUCCUAAGGAGCAGAGCGGAAAAACUGCGUACGGCGGAGACAGGAUCCAGGCUGCAUCCAACAUCGUGUUUAGUAACGGACUCAUGGACCCUUGGGCUGGAGGUGGAAUCCUGAACAGCAUCAGCGACACGGUACAAGCGGUCAUCAUCUUCAACGGAGCGCACCAUCUGGACCUCAUGCCGGCCAACCCUGCGGACCCUGAUACGGUGAAGAUGACUCGCAACACCCACAAGGAACAUAUCAGGAAAUGGAUCGCCGAGUUUAGGGCUCCUGCUAAAUAGGGAAUAAAGAAUAGGAUUUA